ACACAGUAACCUAGCUUCGUGGCUGUGGAGAAGUAGGCUACAGGGGUUAAAAGCGGACUCAGAUUACUAAAGAGAAAUAAUAUUACGUGCGGAUUUACCGGCCGCUUUCGUGCGGCGUUUCUGGAGUUUUGGAGCGUCGAGGAAAACGGCGCAUUGGACUGGAAGCUGGGUGUCUUUAUUCAACCGCUUGCAAAGGGAAGAUGGCAUUUGUCCCAGUGCAAAGACUAAGUUAGGGCUGGAAACGCACAAUGUCACUUAAUAUUUUCAACACGAAAAGAAAAUUUGUGAGGUGAGCAUAUGACGGCUCAGAUUUGCAGCUGGACGGAAAGCGGUGCGCUUCAAGCAGAUCUGUGACACUAUGAUUAGUGUAUCGUCAGCUGCCGGUAUGUAAUUUAAUGGUCCGUGCAAACACAAUACCCCAAACCGUUUAUCUACAGCGCUUUUACGAACAAAGCAACAGUUCUUCCCGUGGGACACCGUACUAGUGACAUCACCGUUUCACGAUGGAAAUGCUGGAGUGCCCCCUUUGCCUCUUUCUGAUGUGCGAGCCGGUGACCGUGUCGUGCGGCCACACGUUCUGCAGGAGGUGCGUCGGGGGAUACCUCCCUUUCAAAUGUCCGCUGUGCAAAGAGAGGCUAAAACAGAAGGAGGUGAAAAACAUGAAGAACAACGUCCUGCUCAUCGGUGUCGUCGAAAAGUGCUGGCCCGAAGAGAAGAGGAUGAAGUGCCAUAUUCAGGAGAAACUCAAGACCAACGAGUUCGCGGAAGCUUUACGCACCGCAAACGAGGGGCUGAACGCAGUCCCAGACGACCAGAGUUUGAAGAUGUUCAGGGCUGAAGCUAACUGGGGCCUGAUGCGUUUCUCUGAUGCUCUGACGGACCUCGACUACCUCUGCUGCCUUCGCCCCAGCUGGACAGAGGGCUGCUUUCAUAAAGGGAAUGUACUGCUGGGAAUGGGUCAGCAGAAAGAAGCCCUCAUCCAGUUCCACCGUUGCCUAAAACUUCAAGCUGACUUUGUUCCUGCAAAGAGCCAGGUUAAGAAGAUCCUGGAGGCAGAGGGAGUGUCAGUGCCGGAGGAGGUGCCCUGCAUUUUGCAGGUGGUCUCUGAGUACCUGAAAGAGCCCUGUCCUAUUACAACCCUCAGUGGCUCGCAGGGGCCGAUUCAUGCUGAAGACCUCAAACAUUCUCAUGGAGAUAAGGGAGAAGGAAAAGGGAGGAGAGAUGGACAUCAGGUGAAGCAUGACACGGGUACAGAAUGCUGCCUCAGCCUCUGCCAAGCUGUUUCCUUCCUCCCCGCUGCUGACGAGGAUGAAGAGAUGAUGAUGAGGAAAGAAGACUGGCAUGGCAAGUUCUUAGGUGAAAGUUAUCAUGAGAGGGAGAACGGCCUGGCUGUUCUCACCGUGUCAGACUUUGAGUGUCCUCUCUGCAUUAGGCUAUUUUUUGAGCCAGUCACAACUCCUUGUGGCCACACAUUCUGCAAAAACUGCAUUGAGAGGAGUCUAGACCACAACCUCCGCUGUCCACUCUGCAAGCAGCCGCUACAAGAGUACUUAAGAAACAGGAAGUACAACCCCACAGUUCUGGUCCAGGACAUCAUGACCAGACUUUUUGCUCCUCAGUUGGCUGAGAGGAAGCAGGUCCACGAUGCUGAGAUGGCUGAACUGUCAAAUCUCACUAAGGACAUCCCUAUAUUUGUCUGCACCGUGGCCUACCCCGGAGUGCCCUGCCCACUGCAUGUCUUUGAACCUCGCUAUCGGCUGAUGAUGCGUCGCUGCAUGGAAACUGGCACCAAGAAGUUUGGCAUGUGCAGCUAUGAGCAUGGCAGAGGAUUUGCAGACUAUGGCUGCAUGUUGGAGAUUCUCGGUCUGGAGCUCUUGCCUGAUGGGCGCUCAUAUGUGGAAACAGUUGGUGGCAGCAGAUUCAGGGUACUAAAAAGAGGUCAGAGGGAUGGCUACCACACUGCUGAUAUAGAGUACCUAGAGGACAUCAAGGUUGAGGGCAAUGAGCUGGAGCUUUUACAGCGUUUGCAUGACAGUGUGUAUCAGCAGGCCCAGGAUUGGUACCAGCGCCUGGGCAGCCGCAUACGCGAGCAGAUCAACAGACAGUAUGGUGCCAUGCCAGAUAAGGAGGAUAACAUUCAGGCCUCGCCUAAUGGUCCAGCGUGGUGCUGGUGGCUGCUGUCUGUCCUCCAGCUGGACCCCGCCUAUCAGACCACCGUCCUGUCCCUGACCUCACUCAAAGAUCGCUUGGGACACCUUCGCCUUGUCCUCGAGUACUUUUCUCAGAGCUAGAACCUAAGGCACAGUUGUACUGACACCGCGACUAGCUGACACCAAUAUUACGCACAACACACAAAAUGGAGUGAAAUCAGCGACUGUGCGCACAACACAUUUUAAGCUUGAGGUUGGGUUUGGGACUAUUCUGUCAUUUAGGGACUGUUCUCGAGCCACAGCUGAAGGCCAGGUCAUCUGGUCGCAUUUUUAUCACACAAAUCAGUUGCUUGGGUUUUUGUUGUUUUGAGUUUUUCAUAUUUUUCUUACCCCAGAAUAUUCUCGUGAACACACACACACACACACACACACACACACACACACUGUACUUGCUGUACGAGUGAGACCUACAGGGUUGACCAAAGAUGCUUUAGGCUCAUAAAUUGUGGAAAAAUCAAUAGUAUUGCAGAAAACUAACACAGGGUGUCACUGUUUUUCUCCAGCUGUUACACAGAGAAACAUCAUCCCAACUAAAAUAAUACAGAUCUGUACACUUCAUUUGUAGAGAUAUUUUUCCAAGAAUUUGCACCUCAGAGGGUCAAAGUUCACGUGUGCCAAAACACUUUCGCAGCACUGUCUCUGUGUGUCAGGCGUAAAUAACAAGUCCCUCCUGUCACUUUUUUUUUCAGUUGCUGUUUAUUCUUUCUUUCAUUUUUUUUUUUUUUAAAGUAGGUAUGGCGUGUUGUCUGCACUGAUAACAGUUACUGUAAAGUUUGACGUGCGCGGCAAAGUGUUAACAUCUUUCUGUGCAGGGACAGCUGUAAAAUCAUUUAGCUAUAACACUUUGGUUGUGGCCUGACUUGAAGUCAGUCUUACUUCUGCGUAGGCUGUGAAACCUACCUCUGGCCCAUCUACCACCAGUCGUGGUGCCUUUGAGUGCCUGGGCUGACUCAUCAGGAAACCUGCGAGUUUUUACAUGGCACAGGUGAUAGACUGUGUGAUCUUUAUGGAUAUAAUGCUACAUUCUGUGGAUGCUGAAGCUACUAAACACUACAGGCUUAACUGGGUGAUUUUUAGUUUUUCCCUUCUUUUUUUUUAAAUUUAGUAAAUGUGCCAUUGAUAUUUCUGUUAACUGCUUUAUAGAAAUAACUGGCAAAAAUCUUAAUUGUGUGUGUUUGUCUACAUCAUGGACACUGACUUAGGCCUUGAUCCUCAUGCCUUUUGUAUGGUGGGCAGCAAACUAUCUUUUUUUCCCCUAGCAUAUGUUCACUUUAAAUACACUUACAAUAGAGUUUGUAUGAUAGAGAAUCAAAGCAGCUAGACAUCGCUUAGGCUUAAAAUAAAAGGGGUAGUACUAUUCUCCCGUUUCAUAUGCACAGAUAAAAGUUUUGAGGUAAUCUGCGGAUGAGGGGUGGAGUCAGAGGUGACAAAGUGUGCCACGUGACUCCGAAAAAGUGACAGGAAAGUUAGAUUCCUGCUGCAUGACACAAAUAAAGCUAAUUCAGAUUAAAAAAAAAAAAGGGAUUUAAGUUCCAUAUGUACACAUUUACGACAAGUCCAUGCCCACAGAGGUGAUUUUCACAUCCCAUUUCCCACACCAAUACAUUUGCACAGUGAAAUCAUUUUGGGUGGGGCUUUGUUUUGUUUUUGAUGCUCACUUACAGUCCCUCACACCUCGUGCAUAUUUCUGUAUGUCAGUUUCAUUAUUUGAAGAGAUUUCUAUAAAUCAGAUGUGUCGAUCGUAGCUGGCUGUCUCAUGUUAGUUUACCCCACGUCGCAGUGAGAUUUAAUUCACAAUGAAAUACACUUAUUUGACAGAACAUCUCAUCCCAGUCUGUUUGUCAACUGAAUGUUUAACUGGUGUAUAUUCAUUAGGUAGGUUCAAACGUCUGCUGAUGCAUGCCCCUUUUAUACUCCGGCAGCUGUUCCUUGACAUCAGUUGCAGUGUUACUGGACUGUCAGAAAAAGCCCACAAACACAGUUAAACCAGUUUUCAUUGAAUCCACGCUGCCUCCAAUGCGGGACACGAGGCAUAAUAAGUAACCCAUUCUUGGCAGCGUUUGCCCAUGAGAAUGAGCCGUACACUCGUCUGUGCAGAAAAAGGCUGUGAAAAGCACCAUGGUGACUUGUUCCUGCUAUGUGCUCCAGAUUUACAGGAAACGUUGGCUGCUGCCGUUGGAUGGUCAGUGGUCUGUGGGCUGUGUGAGAACUAAAGACAUGCCUGUUAAUGCCUCUCUGUUUGUACCGAGCGCAUGUAAAUUCACUGAAAGCGAGACGUUUCCUGUCUGAUGAAUUUUUGCUUUCUUUGCUUCACCUUCAAGCCAAGAGCAGCAAAUGAUCUUGUUUACCUGCUUGCCCCCCCGCC